GGUAAAAGGCGGUCACGAGACCUCUCACCAUCACUCUCACCGCCUCGAUCCCAAAACCCUGUCCCUGGCGAUAGCGAAAGCGAUCGAAAAGGCGAGAGGAAGCGGGGAUCGAUCCGAGUGCCACAGCGAUUGAUCGAGCACGGCAUCGGGCCAGUCACGGACGCGGGCGCGCUCGCAUCGUUAGCCGUCUCUUUCCGCCACCGAUCGGGCAAGUGGCUCUCCUAGCGCCACGAUCGGACGGUGGGGCAGUAUUUGAUCGGGCUCCGGUGAGAAGGUUGAUGUAAGAGGGGUGCUGCGGAAUGGAUCGAGCGGCGGUGACGAUCGGUCCGGCGAUGGACAUGCCGAUAAUGCACGACAGUGACCGGUACGAGCUGGUGAAGGACAUCGGUUCAGGGAACUUCGGAAUCGCCAGGCUGAUGAGGGACAAGCAGACCAAAGAGCUGGUCGCCGUCAAGUACAUCGAGAGAGGCGAGAAGAUAGAUGAAAAUGUUCAAAGAGAGAUAAUUAACCACAGAUCAUUGAGGCAUCCAAAUAUCAUCAGGUUCAAAGAGGUUAUAUUAACUCCAACUCAUUUGGCUAUUGUUAUGGAAUAUGCCUCUGGUGGUGAGCUCUUUGAGCGUAUUUGCAACGCUGGGCGUUUCAGUGAGGAUGAGGCACGAUUCUUCUUCCAACAACUUAUAUCAGGAGUUAGCUACUGCCAUUCUAUGCAAGUAUGUCACCGUGAUUUGAAACUGGAAAACACCUUAUUAGAUGGGAGUACUGCACCUCGUUUAAAGAUAUGUGAUUUUGGAUAUUCCAAGUCAUCAGUUCUGCAUUCACAACCAAAGUCAACUGUUGGAACUCCUGCAUACAUUGCUCCCGAAGUGCUACUCAAGAAGGAAUAUGAUGGCAAGAUUGCUGAUGUGUGGUCUUGUGGAGUUACUCUAUAUGUAAUGCUAGUGGGCGCAUAUCCUUUUGAGGAUCCUGAGGAGCCUAAAAAUUUCCGGAAGACGAUACAGCGUAUAUUGAGUGUUCAGUAUUCAAUUCCAGACUAUAUUCACAUUUCUCCAGAGUGUAGACACCUCAUCUCAAGGAUUUUUGUCGCCAAUCCUGCUACUAGGAUCACGAUUCCUGAGAUACGCAACCACGAGUGGUUCUUGAAGAACCUCCCCGCUGAUAUGAUGGAUGACAACACUACGAGUAACCAGUACGAGGAGCCUGACCAACCAAUGCAAAGCAUCGACGAGAUAAUGCAGAUCUUAGCCGAGGCAACCAUACCUGCAGCUGGCACCCAUGGCCUCAAUCAGUACCUGACGGACAGCCUCGACAUCGACGAUGACGAUAUGGAGGAUUUGGACUCUGAUCCCGAUCUCGACGUUGACAGUAGUGGAGAGAUGGUCUAUGCCAUGUAAAUUUGUGGUUGAUGGAUCAAGACACGGAGACAAAGUCCAUCUUGCACUAAACACUAGUGUGCAGGAUGUUCCCUUUUGCAGACAUGGGGUGUCAAAAUCCCAGUUCUCGUCUUCCCCUGAUCUCGAGGGGCAGGGCAUGUAUUCAGGUAAAGUGCAUACAACCUUAACGCAAUGUCUGUGCUCGGUGCAUUCUCGUGUGGUGUCAAACCUUUUCAAGUAAGCGAGCGCGAUGUUUAUUAUCUAUUUACACCGUUA